AUGUGUGAGGGGCUCAUUGACCGGCCGUUGCUGCCGUGCCGGUGCAAUGCCAAGAACGGCGGCGGCGUGGCCGUGUCUCCAAUUGACGACCACACUGUCGUCGUUGUGUCCAUGUCGGCGCCCGUCCUUGCUGACAGGCCGUCGUCGUUGACCAAGGACGCGGCGAAGGAGGCCGUGUCGAUCCUGGGGCUGUCAUUGCCGAUGAUCAUGACGGGGCUCAUACUCUACGUCCGUCCGAUGAUCUCGAUGCUGUUCCUCGGCCGGCUCGGCGAGCUGGCCCUGGCCGGCGGGUCCCUCGCCAUGGGUUUCGCCAACAUCACCGGGUACUCAGUCCUGUCCGGCCUCGCCUCAGGCAUGGAACCCGUCUGCGGCCAGGCCGUCGGCGCCAAGAACCUGCCACUCGUCGGCGCCACCAUGCAGCGGAUGGUGCUCUUCCUCCUCGUCGUCUCCGUGCCAGUCGCCUUCCUCUGGGUUCAGAUGGAGCCGCUUCUCCUGCUUUGCGGUCAGCAUGCCGCCGUCUCCGCCGCGGCGCAGCGCUACAUUCUAUUCUGCCUGCCCGACCUCCUCUUUCAGUCUUUCCUCCACCCGCUCCGUAUCUACCUCCGCACGCAGUCCAUAAACCUCCCGCUCACCACUUGCGCCAUGCUCGCCGUCGCUCUCCACCUCCCCAUCAACUACCUCCUCGUAUCGGUGCUCGGGCUCGGCGUCGAAGGAGUCGCACUCGCCUCUGCCUGGACCAACCUCAACCUCGUGCUCUUCCUCCUCGGUUAUGUCUACGUCACCGGCGUGCACCAUGCCACCGGUGGCUUCACGCUGUCAUACAAGCUUUUCAAGGACGAUGUUGCUGCGUGGGUGCGGCUGGCUAGGCUCGCCGUCGAGAGCUGCGCGAGCGUGUGCCUCGAGUGGUGGUGGUACGAGAUCAUGAUCCUGCUGUGCGGCCUCCUGGCCAACCCCGAGGCCACCGUCGCCUCCAUGGGGGUGCUUAUCCAGACCACAUCGCUGCUCUACAUCUUCCCGUCGUCUCUCAGCUUCGGCGUGUCGACCCGGGUCAGCAACGAGCUCGGCGCGAACCGUCCAGCUGCCGCGCGCGCCGUGGCCACCGCGGGGCUCGCGCUGAGCGCACUUCAGGGCGUCAUCUCCUUCCUGUUCGCCGUGGCUGUGCGCAACGUGUGGGCGCGCAUGUUCACGACGGACGCGGCCAUCCUUGCGCUCACGGCGUCGGUGCUUCCUAUCCUCGGGAUGUGCGAGCUCGGAAACUGCCCUCAGACCACCGGAUGCGGCGUGCUCCGAGGGAGCGCGCGGCCCAAGGACGGCGCACACGUCAACCUCGCCGCCUUCUACGGCGUCGGGAUGCCCGUUGCCCUCGGGCUCGCGUUCUGGUCCGGCAUGGACUUCAAGGGGCUCUGGCUUGGCCUUCUCGCCGCGCAGGCGGCGUGUGUCACGGUGAUGCUCGUGGUGAUCGGGCGCACGGACUGGAACAGACAGGCUGAGCUGGCGCAGGUGCUCGCCGGAGUCGCCGACGACAUCGAACACGGAGGCUAUGUCAACGGAGACGGUGGGAAAGACGCGGCCGAGUGCGUCAAGGUUGCGGCGCCCCACGGCGACGAGGACUCUAGCUUGCUCAUCACUGUGGUAGGGCUGACCGGCGCGCCUUGA